GCUGAUUAUAGUUUAAUUUUCCACUUGUUAGUCGAUUUUUGCCAUUUGCUUGUUUAAAACCGCUUAAAAAAGUCGGAAAAAUGGUACAAGUUUGGUAUAUGGAUACGGAGGAAACCGAUCAGCGCCUGGAGCAUCAUCGCAAUCCCCCAGCUUACUUGGAACUAGAUGAUCUUUAUAAGAAGACCGGUGUGGAAUAUUUUAAAAUCAACGCGGACAACUACCAGAGCGAUAAUACUCUCACGGAACUGCGCGCGCAACGUGGUUAUACCUAUGAUGAUGAGAUCACUUGCUCGGAAAAGUGCCUGCCUGACUAUGCCAACAAGUUGAAGGCUUUUUUCACUGAACACCUGCACACCGAUGAGGAAAUUCGCCUGAUUUUGGAUGGAUCUGGUUACUUCGAUGUUCGCGAUAACGAAGACAACUGGCUCCGCAUUCUGGUUGUGAAAGGAGAUCUUAUUAUAAUACCAGCUGGCAUCUAUCAUCGUUUUACUUUGGAUUCCAACAACUUUAUCAGAACUCGUCGCUAUUUCGUUGGGGAACCCGUCUGGGCUCCACACAAUCGCCCCGCCGAUGAUAUGGAUUGUCGUAAAUCGUACAUCAAACAUCAGGCCGAAAACUUCGUGCAAUUCAACAAGGUUUAACAUGAAAGCCGAAAUAUGUUAUAUGUUACCCAGUUUUUGAUAUUUGUAUAUACAAAAACACGCCAAUGUAUAAGUUGGGCGUUCUUUUAUGAAAUUUUAUUAGCUUAUUAAAUGUCAGCAUAACAAGAGAAGUCUAA